GGGCGCGGCCGGGCGGGGGUCGGCGGGCGAGAUGUGCGAGCGGGCGGCGCGCCUGUGCAGGGCCGGCGCGCACAGGCUGCUCCGGGAGCCGCCGCCGCAGGGCCGCGCGCUGGGCGGGCUGCUGCGCUGGGUGGGCGCCAGGAUGGGCGAGCCCCGCGCACCGCUCGUCCCCGACAUUCCCGUCGCGGACCCCAACCCUGGGCCCGCCGCGCCACGCGGGGGCACGGCUGUCAUCCUGGACAUUUUCCGCCGUGCGGAUAAAAACGAUGAUGGGAAGCUGUCCCUGGAGGAAUUUCAACUCUUCUUCGCAGAUGGAGUCCUCAAUGAGAAGGAGCUGGAGGACCUCUUCCACACCAUUGACUCCGACAACACCAACCAUGUGGACACCAAGGAAUUGUGUGAUUACUUUGUGGACCACAUGGGAGACUAUGAGGAUGUCCUGGCCUCCCUGGAGACUUUGAACCACUCAGUCCUGAAAGCCAUGGGCUACACCAAGAAGGUGUACGAAGGUGGAAGCAAUGUGGACCAGUUUGUGACCCGCUUCCUUCUGAAGGAGACAGCCAAUCAGAUCCAGUCACUGCUCAGCUCAGUGGAAAGUGCUGUGGAAGCCAUUGAGGAACAGACCAGCCAGAUCCGACAGGAGCACUGCAAACCCAGCCACGGCAUCACCGAGAGCCACUAUGGAAGCCCCAGUCCUCCCUACAUCCCCAACCACAAGCUUGUUCCCCCAGAGCCAGGGAAGAGCCUGUCUGUGGCCACAGGGGAGCCAAAGGAGGAGGGGCUAGAGAGCCAGAUAAGCCGGUUGGCAGAGCUGAUUGGGAGACUGGAAAGCAAGACCCUCUGGUUUGACCUGCAGCAGCGCCUCUCGGAUGAAGAAGGCACUGACAUGCACCUGCAGCUGGUCCGGCAAGAAAUGGCCGUGUGCCCUGAGCAGCUGAGCGAGUUCUUGGACUCCUUGCGACAGUACCUCCGGGGCACUGCUGGAGAAAGGAACUGCUUCCAUGUCGCCGCGGUGAGGAUGGCAGAUGGCCUCACCUUCGUCAUCUAUGAGUUCUGGGAGACAGAGGAAGAGUGGAAGAGGCACCUGCAGAGUCCUGUGUGCAAGGCCUUCCGACAUGUCAAGGUUGACACACUGAGCCAGCCUGAGGCGCUCUCUCAGAUCUCCGUGCCAGCUGCCUGGUGCACUUUGGGCCGAGACUGACCCCUCCUGGGGCCCCCUUAAGGAGCCUAGUGUCCCCCCCC